AUGAACAACUUCUUUAAGGUUGGAACAUUGAGCGUUGAACAUCUCAUAGAAAAAAGAGAUUUACAUCAUGAACACACACGAAAAGCAAGAGAUGCUGAAGAUAUUGAACUACCAAAUAUUGAACAAGUAGUUGAACCAGAUACUGUAAUUGAAACACAAAAAGAAAUAUUGUCUUCAAACAACUAUCUUACCGAUAUUAUUUUAACACGUGUGGAGUUUCAUAGGGGUAAACCAGUUGAUGCCAUUAAGUUACAAUCUAUUACAUUUCCUGGUGAAACGAAUCAAGAUGGUGUAGAUACAAGCUCAGAUCUAGUGGCGCAAGCUGCAUCGAAAGAGAGUAUAACUGAUACUGAGCAUGAAAGUGAACCUCCAAAGGAAACUGAGGAAAUAGACAGUGAAAGCGAAAAAUUAACUGAACCAAAAGCAGAUGUAGAACAAAUCAGUAAUGUAGAAGAGAAGAAAAAUGAAGAGGAAGACAAAAAGGAGGAGCUUCAAGACGGUAAAGAAUCACAAUUAGAACUCUCAGAAACCAAAGAUGAAAAGGUAUCCGGCGAAGUGACGCAAGGUUCUGAGGAAUCAUCAGGUGUAAUUGAGAAUAGGGAGACCUUAUCAGAGCCUAUCAGUGAUCAUGUGGAGGCUAUACCGGUUAAACCAGAACCUCUAGUUGAGUUAACUCCAAAACCUAUAGAAACUCCAGGAAUUCCUGUGAGUCCGUUACCACAGCCAAUAUAUAUUCCUUUAUACACGGAUGCCAAGAUACCCGCGCCUAUUCCUGUACAGCCUGUUGUAUCGGAAGUAGUCGUUACAGCACCACCUGUAGUAGUUGUUACAGAAAAGGAAGUGGUAGUCGCACCUCCACCACCACCAGUACAAACAGAAACCACUGUGAUCCAAACAGAACAAACCCCAGAUCAAAAGAAAUGA